AAUAAUACAUCAUUCUGUUUAAACAUUUAAACAGAUACUGUUCUUUUUUCCCAAUAUUUUCUGUCCUGAGUUUUAUAAAAAUAUUAAUAUUUACUCAUGGAGACCUCUGAAGCUCAAUCAGCUAAUAUUGAGGCUAAUAAUAAUGACCACCUCCAGAAUCUGGUGGAUAAUUCAGUGGCCAGAUCAGUACAGAGUGCCAUGUUAUCUGCAGUUACUGUUUUGCAAGAUAGUAUACAGAAAUCUAUUUCUCUGGCACUGGCCCACCCCUCCACCUCUAAUCCCAAAACACCUGGUGAUCUUUAUUUCACACCAGAAACUUCAGUGGCGGAUUUAGCCAAAGGGUUUAAUGUCCCCAAAAAGGCUACUUCCAAAAAACGACACACACAUGACGGCACUGCUCCCCCUCCUAAAAAACAAUGUAAAGGAGGUCGCCAAGAUAAAUUAAAAGACAGACCUAUCAUAGGUCACGAUAAAUGCGCUUCAAAGCCGCACACGUUACCCUCUGCCCAAGAGGAAGUAUCUGUAAGUAGGGCUCAUAAGACCGCUAAAAGAAAUAAACCAAAUUCUUUUACAGAACCAAAUUCUGAUGAUUCUUCAGAUUCUCAGGCUGAGGAAAUUGUUGACUCUUUUGACUACCUGUCACAAGAAAGCGGUGAAAUAAAUGAUGACCCUGACUAUCAGGGGGAUGACCCUUUGGAGGAAUCAGACCUUUCCUCCUUUGACCCAGCCCUCAUCCAACACCCCAGAUCUGGGGAAUGGCUACCUAACCCCAUAGUUGCUAAGUUCCUCUCUAUUAGAGUUAACAAGAGCAUGGAUAAGGUCACUCGCAGUAAACUGAAGGCAGAGUGUCCCCGCCCUACACUCCCCCAUUUAUCUUCAAUAACUCCAGAACUGGACCCAGUUCUGAAUAAAUUUUUGAUGAAAACAGGGAAAAAUCCUAAAAAAGGUAUAGAUAGGAGUUUUAAGUCCUGUCAGGACAAACUCCUGGAUAUUCUCGGUCCCUUAUCAAAGAUUUUAGACAUGGUAGAAGAAUCUUCUAUCUCCAACAAACCAGUUGAAGUGGAAGUUCUAAAAGGUUGGGCACAACGUGCUGUAUGUUUUUUGGGCAACGCAAAUGCAGCCCUUUCCACUGAGCGUAAACGCUCUGUUCUAAUGAGAAUCGACCCCCAAUUAACGAACUUAGCAUCCAAUGAACCUACUCACCCCACAGAGGGGAUGCUCUUUGGGGAAGAUUUUAUUAAUCAAAUGGGCAAAUACGUUGGACUCUUUUCGUCCAUUAACAAAGCUCAAACAUCGUUGAAAAAAGUUUUUUCCAAUAGGGUUUUUGGUAGGGCCGGGAAAGGAAGGAGCCGCUCUUCCGGCCGCUAUCUCCCCACUAGACAACAGUCAAGAGGCUCCUUUCAACAUCAGUACCAACCUUACCAGCCAUCAUAUACUACCCAACCAGCCAAUCCCACACCGUUCUUCCCCUACCGGGCAAGACCCUGGCGCCCAAGAGGUCAACGUGGAUUCCAGCGUGCUAAACCAACUACAGCCACUUAAGAAGAUACUUAGCGGAAUUUCCAUAUUCCUGAUGAAAAGUUCCUCAAUUACUGGAUGUGCAUCAUAUUUAUCUACAUUUGAAAACAUUACCUUCUAAAUUCACACCUUCCUGCGGAUACCGAACUUAUUGGAGAUACUCUUCAGGUUCCAGCUGUCUUACCACGAUCCUAACUUUGAAUAGACUGUUCAUCUUCGCUCAAAAGAAGAAAGAAGAUAUUAGAUUAACUGUCACUAUUAUAUCUGUUACUGUGCAUUGAUUGGUUAAUACCUGUAGCAUGUUUGGCUACACCAUACCUGUGCCUACUAAGUUUUUUCUUGUAUUUUGUUCAUAAUAUGCUUUUGCUGCUGAUCAGUAAAUGAAGAU